GGUAUCUUUGGUGACCAGAGCGCGUCACCGGUUCCAGAAUGUUCUUCCGGAGGAAGUGCGAUCGUUUCGGAGGGCGGGAGCAGAGCAUGUCGCCGGCGGCGGGCGGCUCUGUCAGCAGCGGGUAACAGCGGCCCGCUGUCGGUUUCUGUUCACAAUGCUGGAGGAUAGUGAAUUCUUUAGUUCGCCUCCAAGGAAAACAGUCCGUUUUGGGGGAACUGUUGCAGAAACCCUAAAGAAAUAUAAACAGGGAGAUACUACAGAUUAUGAUUUGCUCAUGAUUCAGCUGGUUGAUCCAGAAAUCAAGGAUGCUCAAAUAAUCAAUUGGCUUCAGGAAUUCCGUGCCUGUGUCGCACAGUUGACAAAAGAUUUUGAGUAUCUUGUUAGCAAAAUACUGAAGCUGCCUUGGUUAUGUAGAAGCCUGUUGGUGGUCGAGGAAUACUUGGCCUUUUUAAGCAACUUAGUGUCAGCACAGACAGUCUACCUGCGGUCUUGCCUUAGUAUGAUCGUCUCCAAUUUUGUACCAGGGAGAAUUGUUAUCCAAGAAAAUGGUGUGGAUAUCUCAGACUCUGAGGAUGAAGAUGAAAAGCUUCCACAAAAUUUUGACAUCUGUCAUCGAGCUUUACAGACAAUAGCAAAAUAUGUUCCCUCAACACCACAAUUUUUGAUGCCAAUACUGGCUGAAAAAUUUCCAUUUGUUAAUAAAUCAGCCAGAACCUUGGAAUGUUACGUGCACAAUUUGCUAAGGAUCACAGUAUAUUUCCCGGUAUUGCGCUUGGAAAUUUUGGAACUGGUCAUCGAAAAAUUCCUAAAGCUAGAUGUGAAUGCUUCGCAUAAUGAUAUUGAAGAUGCAGAAGAGACGGCCGCUAAUAGUGCGUUGUCUUCAUGCGCAGAGGAAGGUCUCUUUGAUAUGGAUGAAGACGAGAAAGCUCAGUUGAUCCAGCCAAAUAGUGACAUGAUGGCUCAUCCAGUGGCUGAACGAUUGGACAUUCUGAUGUGUGUUUUGCUGUCUUACAUAAAGGAUGUUUGCUAUGUUAAUGGUGAGUUGAUGGUAACCCGGACAAAAGACUUGUACCGUGACUUGUUAGUGGUGUUUGAUAAACUGGUUCUACCCACUCAUGCUUCUUGUCAUGUUCAAUUUUUCAUGUUCUAUCUCUGCAGUUUUAAAUUGGGACUGGCAGAGAGUUUCCUAGAACGUCUUUGGAAGAUGCUUCAGAAUCCAAAUAGCCCAGCAGUAAUAAGACAAGCAGCUGCAGGUUACAUCGGAAGUUUUCUGGCCAGAGCAACGUAUAUCCCUCUGAUCACUGUGAAGGCUUGUUUGGAUCUGCUGGUCCCCUGGUUACACCACUACAUUGACAGCCAAGAUGCUGGAACUAAAGGUUAUUGUGAUGUGGUUCUCCAUGCGUCGUUCUAUUCUGUUUGCCAAGCUGUGUUUUAUAUCUUCAUAUUCCAUUGCAAGCAGUUAUUGGAUGGGAAUCUAAAAAAAGGUUUGGCAUACUUGCAGAAUCUAAAUUUUGAACGCAUGGUAAUGUGCCAGCUGAACCCACUAAAAGUCUGUUUACCUUCUGUUGUCAACUUGUUUGCUGCUAUUACUAGGAAGUAUCAAUUAGCCUUCUGUUACACAAUUAUUGAAAGAAACAAUCGACAGCUUAUUCCAGUUGUUAGGAGCAGUGCUGGAGGUGACUCGGUGCAAGUUUGCACAAAUCCACUGGAUUGCUUCUUUCCCUUUGAUCCUUACAUUCUUAAAAGAUCUAAGAAAAUCUUUGAAGGUGUUUAUCGGGUCUGGGAGGAUUUGAGCCUCCAGGAUAUUCAGGUUCCACAGAAAGUCACGAAGCAGGCUACAGCUGAAGAUGAUGAGGAUGAUUUCUUAAAAGGAGAAUCAUUGCACAGUGAAACAUUUGGGAACAUGCCAAGUUCAUUUGAGUCCAAUGUGCAAAGUCCGAGCAGCGGUUCCCCUGUAACCUUUCCAAUGCAUCAGUUUUGAAAAAUUAUAAACAAGACAAAUGUACAAAUUUUCAGACAUGGAUUCAAAGAAACAAAAUAUAGAAGUAUCUACAUGCAAGACUUUGUUUCCUACAGAAAUUGACUUUUGUGUAGGCUAUUUCAUUUCAACUUCUAAAGCAACUGAAUUCAUCAAUUUGGUAUAUUUUUUUGUAUAUUUGUGUACAUAGUGAUUUGUAAAAUUAUAUUUACUGUUUUAAAACUAUUUUAUCAAUUGUUUAUUUUAAAUUAUCUUUGGUUCAAGACUUAUUUGAUUCUCCGUUUUGGAGAUUCAAAUGUAUUUUCUUUCCGGAAUAGGAAAGUUCAGGAAUGUAUGUAGAACCAAUUAUUGCAAUUUCCAAAUAGAGGUGGUUAUUGCAAUCCCAAUUAAUAAUCAUCAUUAGAAUAAAUGAUCAAUCUUUGAAAUUCUUUUCAUGGUUGUAUGUGGGAAGAGUGGGGAGAUUUGAUGCAGGCAAUCAAAAUCAAACUUUGUUUGGUUGCUGUUUUGUCUCCGCUAUUCAUGUACAGGAAUUUGCUACUUAAACAACUGAUUAAAAGUAUAACACUUCCGUAAAAGUGAAAGAUUUGAAUGCUGCAAAUCUGAGUAGGGACUAUAAAUGUGAAAUUGAAUAAAUUGAUCAGUAUUGAUAAAUAUUGCUUAACCUUGGAAUGAAACACCACCAGAUCCUGAUAUUCAGAUACUGUUCAUUCCAGAAUUCUCAGUUUUAAUUCCGUUUUCUCAGAUGCAUUGAGAAUUAUUUUUAGUUCAUAAUUCUGUACGAAUCGUAGCAGGGAAACUGGAACUAAAAGUAGACAAACAUUAUAGAAACAUAGAAAAAUUGGUGCAGUAGUAGGCCAUUCGCCCUUUGAGCCAGCACCGGCAUUCAUGGCUGAUCAUCUAAAAUCAGUACCCCGUUCCCCAUAUCCCUUAAUUCCUUUAGCCCUAAGAGCUAAAUCUAACUCUCUCUUGAAAAUAUCCAGAGAAUUGGCCUCCACUGUCAAGAGUCAAGAGUCAAUUUAAUUGUCAUUUGGACCCCUGGAGGUCCAAACGAAAUGCCGUUUCUGCAGCCAUACUUUACACACAAAUAGACCCCAGACAAACAUAAUUACAUUUUACAUAAACCUCCAUCACAUAGCUGUGAUGGAAGGCCAAAAAAACUUAUCUCUCCACUGCACUCUCCCCCCCCC